AUGCCUCGUCCAAAGGGGAAAACUGAUGCAUUUCUCCGUUGCUCAUCUCUCUUCCUGUUGCUGUCGUUGUUGAUCAGUUCUGCACAUGCCGGCGAGGCUGAAACCCACCUCCAGGCGGCACGUCUGCACUGCGAUGGCACCCUCUACCCGUCCCUCUGCGUCUCCACCCUCAACGGCAUCCGCGGCCUCACCUCGAAGAAUCUUCCCCAGAUCAUCAGUGCCGCCGUCAGCCUCACGAUCGGCGAAGUUUACUCAUCUUCCUCCAACUGCUCCGGGAUUCUCCGACAGAGGACGGCCGCCCUCAGCGGCCCACAGAGAAUUGCCUUGAACGACUGUCUGGAGCUCCUCGAUCAGACUGCCGUCUUCCUCCGCGAUACCGUCUCCGGACUCUCUUCCACUGGGAACGCGAGUCGACGUGUCGACGACCUACGAACCUUGCUCAGCGCCUCCAUCGCCAACCAGUACACCUGCUUAGACGGCUUCAUCAACGACUCGUCCGGCAAGAGCUCCCCCUUCCGUUCUACCAUCGAGAGCAGGAUCGGGCACUUAUCACGCUUGGUCAGCAAUGCCCUCGCCCUGGUCGGUAAGAUCAGCAGCAACGGUGCAGUCUCUACCCUGGAUGAGCCCUUCGCGGGCUAUGGGAAGGUCAAUCGUGACAGCUUCCCGUCAUGGCUGACGAGGAAGGACCGGGGUCUGCUCCAGGCCCCGGUCAGCGGGAUUAAGCCGAACCUAACAGUUGCCAAGGACGGUAGCGGGAACUUCACCACGAUCAGCGCAGCGGUAGCGGCGGCGCCCAGCAACAGCAAUACCAGGUUCGUGAUCUACAUAAAGGCCGGAGGCUACUUCGAGAACGUGGACGUGGACAGCAAGAAGACGAACCUGAUGUUCAUCGGUGACGGGAUGGGGAAGACGGUGGUGAAGGCCAGCCGAAACGUCGUGGAUGGGUGGACUACGUUCAGGUCCGCCACUGUCGGUGAGUCUACUCGCUCUCUCUCCUCUCUCUCUCUGUAUCUCAUCGUCAUAAAAGCUUCAUCUCAGCCACUGAAGUCACUCAGUCACUCAUCGACGCGUUGAAGUGAUGAGCAAGUUGGCUUCUUAAAUACGACUGACUGACUAGUCAGCCGGGUUGACACCCACCCGCAACCGGAGAUCGAGGGGAAAAUAACGUACUUUGAUCUGAUCGAGGAUAAGAACGAGGAUCAUACACUGGCCACCACCAUGAAUGACCUGGCCCGCCCGUAAUAAGUAAAUAGGAUUAGAUUACUGUUUCUCUGUUCCGGCUCGCCGGCUGAUUCCUGCUCUCCGUGGCGGCAGCGGUGGUCGGGAAAAGGUUCAUCGCGCGGGACAUGACGUUCGAGAACGCGGCGGGGCCGAGCAAGGAGCAGGCCGUGGCCCUGCGGAGCGGCUCCGACCUCUCGGCCUUCUACCGGUGCAGCUUCGUUGGUUACCAGGACACCCUCUACGUCCACUCCCUCCGGCAGUUCUACCGCCAAUGCGAUAUCUACGGCACCAUUGACUUCAUCUUCGGCGACGCCGCUGUGGUUCUGCAGAACUGCAGCCUCUACGCCCGCAAGCCGAACCCUAAUCAGAAGAACAUCUUCACCGCCCAGGGGAGACAAGACCCCAACGAGAACACCGGCAUCUCCAUCCAGGGCUGCAAGGUCGCCGCCGCCGCCGACCUCAUCCCCGUGAAGUCCUCCUUCAAGAGCUACCUGGGCCGGCCUUGGCGCCAGUACUCCCGCACCGUCUACAUAAACUCUUUCAUGGAGAACAUCAUCGACCCCGCUGGCUGGUUGCCGUGGUCGGGGAACUUCGCCCUGAGCACCCUCUACUACGGGGAGUACCGCAACCGCGGCCCCGGGUCAAACACGACCCGGCGAGUCACCUGGCCGGGUUACCGGGUCAUCAAGAGCUCCACGGAGGCGAACCAGUUCACCGUCCGAUCCUUCAUCCAGGGAGAUCAGUGGCUGGGUCCCACCGGCAUCCCCUUCAUCCUUGGCCUCUGA